AUGCCAGCCCCCUGUGUCUUUGCUCCAGACAUGACUGAGCAGGUGCCCCUGUGGCAUCACUACCUGUUGGCCAUCCAGUCACGGGAGUCACCCCGUGUCCAGGACUACCAGAGAGCAGAGAACAUCCUGCUCACUGUGCUGGAGCGUGUCCAUGCCUUGGACCCCCGCUUCGUUGUUGACUAUUCUCGAGACCUGGAGGCCUUCCAGUUUGCACUGCGCUCCUCGGAGGACCCUCUGGAUGUGGAGGUGCCCCUGGGGGUGGACGCCGAGGCUCUCCUGAUUGAGGAUUCAGAAGCCACUGAGCCAGGAGAUGGGCCUGCGAUCUGUCGCCUGGGUGUCCUCAAGAAAGCAUCUGGCCUGGAGCCAUGGAUGACUGAUGACGUCUUCAGUGUCUCAGAGGGCAGAGACAAGUGCUGUGGCCACAUUGUACCCAGUAAAGUCCUGUGUGUCCUUAAAGAUCUUCUGGUGGCUGCGAUUGUACACUGCAAACACCACAGCCUCAUUCCACCAGGUUCACUGAAUGCUGCUAGCCUGAAGGAAGGGCAGCUGCACCUGUCCCUGCUGGUGUCCAGCGGCUGGAGGAAGAUCCGCUUCAACGUUGUGCCUGUGGUGAGGAAGAAGCACAGUGUGCCCGCCUUGGAGAGGGCCCAGUUGAAGCCUGGAUUCCCUGAGGGCAUCUUGAGAAGAAUCGCCAGCCAUGGGGUGGACCUGGUGCCAGCUAAUGCCCAGCACUGGAGGAUCUCCACUGGCUACCUGCUCAGCCGCCUGCUUGGUGCAUUGGGCUCCUUCCCUGGCCACCGCCUGGACAGCCUCUCCAUCCUCGACCGGGUGAACCUAGAGAGCUGGCGAGGUAGCAGCCAGAGCCCUGGCCUAACUUUUGACCACCUGAAGACGGUGCUGCUAUGGGCCUCGGUGCUCUUCCCAGCACCCGAGGACUGGGAGGACCUGCAGGGCGCGGUCUACCGCUUGCUGGUAGUGCUGCUCUGCUGCCUGGCUACCAGGAACCUGCCCCACUUCCUGUACCCGGAGCGCAACUUGCUGCAGGACAGUGGCCUGGACCUCGGCGACAUCUACCAACGUGUGGAACACUUCGCCAGCCAGCCUGAAGAGUCCCUACGGAUCCACGUCACCCACCUGGGCCACAGCCGUCCGCCGCGCAUUGACAACGGAGUCAAGGCACUCCUGCAGCUACCUGCCAGUGACCCUACUUACUGGACCACUGCCUACUUUGAUUUUCUGCUAGAUAAGUUCCAGGUCUUUAACAUCCAAGAUAAGGACAGAAUCUCAGCCAUGCAGAACAUCUUCCAGAAGACCAAGACCAUGGGAAGUGACAGCGGCUGAGCUGGGGUGGAAGGCCCAGUCUCGACCAACCUGCAGAGCUCCCGGGAACUUCUGGGAAAGGAAUGGGGAUCAGGGGUAUCUCUUUGAGUGACUGGUGGAGGGACUUAGUCCCCAAGGACUCCUGUUCAAGGGACGCCUGUGAGAAUCCAAGGACCUAGCACUGUGGUCUUGAGCCAGCUGCCAUGUUCCACACUGGGAUUGAGGUGGACGGUUAUAUGCUUCCCAGAGACCCACUGAUCCAUCCAUUUGACAGUCAGAACAGGUAUAGGCGUGAGACAGCA